CUAUAAACUGGACCUGGCUGCAGCGUCAGUGUGGUACACGGGGCACCAUUGUUAGGUGCACGUACUGUCAGGUUUUUAUUCCAGGCAAUUUUGUCAUAUUAUAAACUACACAAAAACAGCCAAAAUGACAAUCCGAACACUUCACGAUUACGCUCAGCAUUACCGGCCAAGGAUGGCCUGUCUAAAAAAGCUGGAGGCCUUGGUCGUGAAGAUGCAGGACCGUAAAAGUGGAGUGAAAUCCCAGGAGCAGAAGCUGGUAAUCACCACCAUACCGCACGCCAGCACAGGUCAUGAUGUUCACGCGUGGAUCGUCAGCCAAUUGCAAGUCAGCGCUGAAGAGGCCCAGGCUAUCGGGACCAUGAUGGUGGCUUAUGGAUACAUCUACCCUCUUCAGGACCACAAGAAGCUGCUCCUCCAGGUGGACGGCAGCCUCUACCGCUACCAGACCCCCUACUUCUGGCCUGUACAGCACUGGCCUGCAGAAGACACUGAUUACGCCAUCUACCUGGCGAAGAGGAAUAUCCGCAAGAAGGGCGUCCUGGAUCUAUAUGAGCAGGAGCACUAUAACAGGCUGCACAAAUGGAUGAACCACAAGUGGGAUUUCAUUGUGGCGCAAGGCAAGGAGCAGUAUAGGGCUGGCAAGGAGAGGAAGAAGGCUGACCGUGUGGUGCUCGAUUGCCAGGAGAGGGCGUACUGGGUGGUGCACCGUCCCCCUCCAGGCACCGUCAGCGCCAUGGAUUACGGUCUGGACCGCUUGGUUGACCCCAACAUGGAGGAGAAAAAAAAUGUGGACUACUACAGGCGAAUCAUCAUCUUCAGCUCCCAGUACCUCAUGAGGCCCAGGGUCAAAUCAUCCGUCUCCCUCUCAGCCAUGGUGAAAUUCUCAGGCAUGUACAAGAACCACGACCCAUUCCUGGCACCCUGUCUCCCUAGCAACCCUUGGUUGACCGAUGACAUCACGUACUGGGAGCUCAACCUGCCGCGAGUGGAGGUCCCCACCAGCAUGAGGGUGGAACGCUGGACGUUCAGCUUCAUGGAUCUCCUGAGCGACCCCUGUGGACGUGCCGACUUCCGGCUCUUCCUCAAGAAGGAGUUCAGCGGGGAAAAUCUGGCAUUCUGGGAAGCGUGUGAGGACCUGAGGUGGGGCUCUGCGGAGACCAUGAGGGAGAAAGCGGAGCAUAUUUACAAGACCUUCCUGGCCCCGGGGGCGCCGCGCUGGAUCAACAUUGAUGGCAGGACGAUGGACGUGACUGUGAGGGGGCUGGUGCACCCCCAUCGCUACGUGCUGGAUGCGGCACAGACGCACAUCUUCUUGCUCAUGAAGAAGGACACAUUCGGGCGAUACAUGAAGUCUCCUGUUUUCAAGGAAACGCAGAAGAGGGCCUUUUCCCCAGAAGAGCACAAGUUCACGAAUAUGCAGCUGGAACAGAACAGUAGAAACCGCAAGCUGGGCAUCCACCCCAUGGUCCUGCACCAACAGGCACAGGAGGAGGCGGCCAAGCUGGCUGCUAGCGGGCCGGUGGACAUCAAGCAAGUCAUGAGCAAGCUGGACCGCCACAACAAGCUGAAGAACUGACCAAUGACACGCACCCAGUGCCCCGAGGGGGCCGGGUCAGAACCAGCCACUGCUCUCCACACGAGGGUACUUGUGGGAAAUUAGAUUGCAUUUUAGGAGAAUAGAGAAGAUACAAUGAAGGCUUCUACUGUUAUUUAUGGAUACAAAUGUAUAACAUGCAGAGAUGUUGUCACGUUAUUAUUGGAACGAAUGUGUUUUUAUCCAGAGCAACUUGUAUCCACUUAUAAAGCUCGACUGUGUCUUGGUACAACUCAGAUUAACUCCGAUCGCUCCAGGGACCCUUUUAAAUCCCACCGAGCUGGGAUUUAAAGGGGCAUUAGUGGAUUUGCGGGGUUAUUUUAAAAAAAGAUACCAGUCAUGAAUUAUUACACAAGUUACAAUAAUAAACAGCAGAGAUUAGCACAAA